CCUAAUUAUUACUUGCCAUUUUGUGCAAACUGAAGCAAAAUCAAUCAACAAACUUUAUUACAACUUUUAUAAUUCAGAUAUCUUAGAAAAGGAUUACUCCUGAAACCAAGCGAAAAUAUUUGCCAGGUAUUUAAAUAACCUGUUACCUGGAGUUUUUGUGUGAUUCAAUCUCGUUAUAGCUCUCGUCGUUAGAACAUUCCACUCAGUUAAGACUCAAUACAACAACCCUCGAUACAACCCCCCACCCAUCUUCCAAGUCCGGUUGCAGACAGGCGUUAUCUUUGGCAUCAACGUCACUCAUCGCGUUCCACUUUAACCAGUACUACCUCAAUAAAUUACCCAUAUUCUUUUCAAGUCGGGGAUUGCUACAAUGUCCUCCGCCGCCCUUGCCGACGAAGGCACCAAAGCCGUGGCCGCUGGCAAGUACACAGAAGGAAUCGACAAGUUAUCCCAGGCUCUCAAAGAGCGCCCUGCACCUCGUUGGCUACUCGAGCGUUCCAAGGCGUAUUUAAGAACUAACGAUUUCGACCUCGCCUUGCACGAUGCCGAACAAGCUUUGGAAGUAGCCUUCUCGCGGGCUAAUCGAGAUUAUAUGAUCGAGGCUCAGAUUAGACGAGCAAUCACCCUCUUCCGCAUGGGUCGCUAUGCAGAUGCUGAUAUCUGUGCCUUUUGGGCUAUCAGACUGCUAGAGCAAUCCAAGGCUACCGAAGAUGACGGCCAGCAGGAUAAGGUUGGCGAAAAUGGAGAUUACGUCGUGCGUGCUAGUGACAUUAAGAAUGACGAGAAGCCGGAUAAGGACCGACAAAUCGCUGCUGCUAUGGGUGGUACGGGUAAUUCGAAAAACACUUCCUUAAAAAAUCAAGCAAAUUCGUGGCGUCUGCAAGCCUUGAAUAAGCUGGAGAGCUUACCUGCUGGACAUCCCGGCUUGAAGGUGAACGUCUCGAAAUAUCCCAAGCCAUCUAAUGGGCAUGAUACUGCAGCCAGUCCUGUUCUAUCCACGCAAGACGAAGGCCACGAUGAAGGUGCAAAACGUGACGCUUGGGAGAAAGUCUGGAAUAAGUUUUCAACCGCCUUCGCAGCGAACAGUAUCAGAUCGAGUUUCUAUCAGACAGACACUACCAUCAAUGCCGAUUUCUUCGUAAAGAAUGUGCCUGCGGAUCGUUUUACCGUGUCCACCCAGCCUCAGAAAGUGGUUAUGGGACCAAUCUCAAAUACCGACUCUGGUUCUAACUCCCUUCAGCUCCACCUUUGGGGCAGGGUCAAGCCUGCUGAAACCAAGCACACAGUUAAGUCGAUGAAAGUCGAGCUAGUCCUCAAAAAGGAAACGCCAGGCAAAUGGCCCAUGCUGCAACGGGAGGAUUCCGAUGGAUUUACUAACAUUGCGGGGAACACUAUUAUCCCCCCCUCGUUCGAGAGAUUCUCCACACUCAUUUCUCGUUUGGGGUAUCAUCAUCCCGAUGACCUCGAACUUCCAGAUAGUGGUUCCGACCUGAAAGCUUGGUACGGCGCUUUCUUGGGCAAGGUUGCAGUUGGUCUGGAUGGGCACGAUGCAUCUUCAGAGAUCCCGAAUGCUGCACCCGAGGCUACAUCGUCUUCUACGAGCGCGAGCGCGGGCGCGGGCGCGGGCGGCGCCACUCAGCCCAAAAGUAACCCCACGCAAGCUAGCGAUGCUAUACCUAAGCCUACUCCAAAUACUAGCAAGGCAUAUUCAACAAAGACCGUCGGUAGCGCCCCAGCCUACCCUACCUCCUCGAAGAAAGGAGCAGUGAAUUGGGAUCGGAUUGGUGAUGACGACGGGGAUGACGAGUCCAAAGAGGAUGCCGAUGUUAACUCGUUCUUCCAAAAGCUCUACAAGGAUGCAGACGAUGAUACGAGGCGUGCCAUGAUGAAGAGCUACGUUGAGAGCAACGGCACAUCGCUCAGCACAAGCUGGGCUGAGGCCAAGAGCAAGACGUACAAGACUCUACCACCCGAGGGCGCCGAAGCCAAACAGUGGGAUGACUGAUACCCUCCCUACGUGAUUGUCAGCUUAGUUUGUGAUUUUCACGCGCGUGCUAUGUAUUGCUACGAGCAGAUGAUAAGAAAGGGGAAGGGAUGAUCGGAAUGAUACCAAGUGUAAUUACUCGUCAAUGCAAUUAAUGAUACGGUGUAUUGCGACUCUGAGUCGUACGUUUUAUUCCUAGUUCGGUGCGUUAAUACCACGAAUUGUUUCGUCUUUGAUAUCGUUCAUCUUUACCAUAUAAAUUUGACGAGUUUACAGUUGGGAACUUUGGACGCGGUGAGAUAUGCAUCUUGGUUUAUCUGUGCCUCUUCAGGAUAUACCUACUAACAUAGGUAAAGUAGGGAUAAGCCAGUGUGUCACAAGACUAUACAAAAUCUACGGAUCCGUAUGCGUGACUUC